CAAAGGAGGUGCGGUACCGAAAGCUCAUGGCGGCGCUGAUAUUAGGGUUCGGCCGGGUUAUCCGGUCCCCAGGUGGCCAACUUUGGCGUCUCCUUCCUAGCGGAAUCGAGCGUUGGGUGCUGGCGCAGAGGACUGCGAGAGUCUUGUUGACGCAGUGCUGCGCGCGGCAUGAGGCGCUGCGGCUGGCCUCCAAGCUCCCCGGCAGUUGCCUGAGAAGCCGGCCCUUAAGUACCGCGGUGCCGCCGCCCCCGGGGUCGUCAGGUCCCGAGUCGAAGGGCARCAGAGACCCCACGCGCCCCUCCAAACCUGGGCCUGUUUCUUGGAAGUCUUUAGCAUUCACAUUUGCUAUUGGAGGAGCUUUAUUGGCUGGAAUGAAGUACUUCAAGAAAGAAAAGACAGAGAAGCUGGAGAAGGAAAGGCAGCGAAGCAUUGGAAAGCCUUUACUUGGGGGACCAUUUUCCCUCACAACUCAUGAAGGAGAACCCAAAACUGACAAGGAUUACCUGGGUCAAUGGGUAUUGAUUUAUUUUGGUUUCACUCAUUGCCCUGAUAUCUGUCCAGAAGAACUGGAAAAAAUGAUUCAUGUCGUGGAUGAAAUAGAUAGUAUUCCAUCUCUGCCAAAUUUAACUCCACUUUUCAUCACCAUUGACCCAGAGAGAGAUACAAAAGAAGCCAUUGCAAAUUAUGUGAAAGAAUUUUCUCCCAAACUUGUUGGUUUGACUGGCACAAAAGAAGAGAUUGAUCAAGUGGCCAGAGCAUAUAGAGUAUAUUAUAGUCCUGGCCCCAAAGAUGAAGAUGAAGACUACAUAGUGGAUCAUACGAUAAUAAUGUACUUGAUUGGACCAGAUGGUGGGUUUCUAGAUUAUUUUGGACAGAAUAAGAAGAAUGCAGAGAUAGCUGGCUCAAUUGCUGCACACAUGAGGGCACACAUGAAAAAGAGGUAGCCAGAGCAGCAUCGUGGAUGUUGUUCUCUUGCCAAAGAGGACGGAAGCUUUGUCUCCCAUAGGAGCCAAUGUACAUAAUAUGCAGCCUACACGAGAACAUCUAUGUGCUAUAUGAGAUGUUCCCCUUGGAUUCAGCCAAGAUUCUUGAACUGUGAGGAUCACAACCCACAGUUUCCCAUGUAGCCACCAUGCGUCCAGAGGACCAAGUUAAAAUGAAGGCAGUGGAGAGCAGAGCUCCCAGAAAGACACCUCAGGGAGAGGCACCGGCAUGCCCUUGAACAGGGCCCUUGGAGCAAUAUUGCCACUUCCCCUGUGUGUUGGACCCUUCCUUGCUCACACAGAUUGUGGGACUGAGUUUUACAGAAAGAAGUGUAAUUCCAUAGUGCUCUCGCUGUUUUUGCCUUGAAYUCCUGAUAGCUGGUAACAGUUGUGUUCAGCACUCGCCAUUCAGGGCUAAAUUUUAUACUUGAAAGCAAAAGCUUAGUCUUCCUUGUUAACGAACAUCACGGUCAGUCUUGCCUUCACUUCUCUGGCAGCAGAUGCUGAUUUGACUAAUGAAGACGAAUAAUCUGUCAUUUGGACUAAACUGUUAGUUCAUUUCCUCUAGGGGUCUUUUUUAUGAUUUUUUUUUUUUAAGCUAAAUGAUUUGCCAGGUUUUCAGUGAUAUGCCAAAUGAAAAUCAGRGGACAUAGAUACUAGGGGUGACGCAGACUAUGUGUGUGUUCCACAUUGCACUGWGUUUAAAAU